UUUGAGCUUUACCGUGACUGGGUGGUGCUUUUGAACUGCGAGGCUGUCUCCAACAGUGUUCGCUCUGGCCCAGUUCGCAUAAGGUGAAUGUGCGACCCUAACUGAACCUGCCGGAAGAAUAAAACACAGCCUGGCGAUGCGAUAGAGCCCACGACUAGCAGAAACCAGUACGGUCGCACUGAGAGAGCAGCUGACAACGGUCGUCUACAGAUCGUGGACUUUUAGGUUAGCUUUUAAUACGUAUUUUUUUCUUGAUGCGCAACAGUUUAAAACUAAUACAACGUGAUGUUGUAAAUAAUAUAACACCAUAAAGGCAACGGAUCUCUAAAGGUGGAGCUAUUGUCAAAAAGAAGGCGCAUCAGCAGUAAACAGAGGUUGCAGUAUCCAUGAAUAUGACAUUGACCGGACCACCGGUGAUGGGAGAGCAGGGUGGUGUGCUCCAAGAGCUUAGAGGGAACUGCUCCUCUCCUUUGAGUAGUGGCAUGCUGGAAUCAGCUGGGGAAGUGGAGGGAGCUUUGUCUUUUACAGAGGAGGCCGUGUCCAUCCUCACGUCCAGCAGCAUGCUGGUCCGUUCCUUACUGGGCCGCUCGUCCGUGCUGAAGCGCAAAGACAGUCCAAGCCCCAACAGCCUGCGGCGCAAGCGCGAGUUCAUCCCGGACGAUAGUAAAGACGACAGCUACUGGGACAAGCGCAAGAAGAACAACGAGGCGGCCAAGCGCUCGCGCGAGAAGCGCCGCGUCAGCGACAUGGUGCUGGAGAACCGGGUCAUUGCGCUGCUGGAGGAGAAUGCGCGUCUGCGGGCCGAGCUCCUCGCACUCAAGUACCGCUUUGGACUGGUCAAGGACCACAGCGACGGGCCCGUCAUGCCUCUCACAGCCACCCCCUGUGCCCAAGUUCCCACGACGCCCGCCACCACCCAACGUUACUACCAUCACUACCCAACACAGCAGCACCACCACCACCAGGCCCUGGCCCCUCAGCACAUGGGUGCCUGCAGCACGCGAGGGGCCCGCGACAGCAUCAGUGCGGCCGAGGACUCGGGCUUCUCCACGCCCGGCAGCUCCAGCGUCGGCAGCCCCGUGUUCUUCGACCACGGCUCCGGCGACACGAGCAAGGCGUCGCCGCGCGCGGCCGGGGAGGAGCGGAGCUACGAGCCGCCGCCGCCCUGCCCCCCGGCGGUGCCCGACGGAGACGUGCUGGCGGGGGGCCACUGCCUCGGCGAGCCGGGCCGGCGGGGCGACUGCGGAGCUGGAGUACAUGAAGAGCCUCCCGCACAAGCUGCGCUUCAAGAUGCCCGGCGCCAGCGAGGGCCCGGAGACGGCGCAGGGAGACGCCUGGACCGGCCCCGCGCCGACCACACACAGGGACUCCGUCGGUGAGCAGCCAAAGGGUCAGUACGGCUACGGGGCAUCCAAGGGGCACGCAGUCUGGCAGCAACAUCCGCAGCAGCAGCAGCAGCAUUACCCCUGUGA